AAUUCAUUAUUAUCAUUAUAAUACAUUCAGCACAUAAACAGGAGUAGCUGUACCUGCGCUGGAAAGCGGCAGCAUCGGCGCAGCAGUGAGCAGGCGGCUACAGGUCACGUGACCCGCUCUGCUCCCAACUGUGUCCAUGGAUAUCUGCAAAAUGGAGAAUCGCGAGGCUAAAGAGCCGGAGCAGCUCAGAAAGCUGUUCAUUGGAGGUCUGAGCUUUGAAACCACCGAGGAGAGUUUACGGGCCCAUUUUGAACAAUGGGGAAGUCUGACGGACUGUGUGGUGAUGAGGGACCCCAACAGCAAGCGAUCAAGAGGGUUUGGCUUUGUAACAUAUUCCUCUGUAGGAGAGGUGGAUGAUGCCAUGAAAGCAAGGCCUCACAAAGUAGAUGGGCGAGUAGUUGAACCCAAGCGGGCUGUAUCCAGAGAGGACUCGAACAAACCCGGUGCCCAUUUAACUGUAAAGAAGAUUUUUGUGGGUGGAAUUAAGGAGGACACGGAGGAGUACCACAUUAGAGAGUAUUUCGAGAAGUAUGGAAAGAUUGAAUGCAUUGACAUCAUGGAAGAACGCUCCACGGGGAAGAAGAGAGGAUUCUGCUUCGUCUCCUUUGACGACCAUGACACUGUUGACAAAAUUGUUGCCCAGAAAUUCCACACAAUCAAUUUCCACAAUUGUGAGGUCAGGAAAGCUCUCUCAAAACAGGAAAUGAGUGCUAUGUCAAGUAACAGGGGUGGCAGGAGUGGAGGAUCUGGGAACUUCAUGGGCCGGGGGAGUAAUUUUGGAGGUGGUGGCGGCGGCAGCUUUGGCCGAGCUGGCUAUGGUGGAGGACGUUAUGGGGACGAUUUUGACAAUGGCCCAGGAGGUAAUUAUGGAGGAGGACCAGGUUAUGGAGGAGGCCGAGGGGGAUACGGAGGUGGUGGUCCAGGCUAUGGCAACCAAGGAGGUGGAUUUGGUGGAAGCUGCGAUGGAGGUUAUGGAGGUAAUGAUGGAGGUUAUGGGGGUGGAAACUACAAUGACUUUGGAAAUUAUGGUGGACAGCAGUCAAACUAUGGACCCAUGAAGGGAAACAGCUUCGGUGGCAGAAAUUCAGGUGGACCAUAUGGAGGCGGCUACGGCUCUGGCGGAGGCGGAGGUGGCUACAGCUCUGGCGGAGGUGGCUACAGCUCACGGCGCUAUUAAUUAACUUCAUGUUUUGGCUUCAGUUCUUAGCAGGAGAGGCGAGGAGGUGAGCAAAGGAAUUGUCAGGAAAGCUGCAGGGUACAUUGAGGCAGUCAUCUGAAAGCAUUAGAGGAGCACACAAGUCAGACAUUACUGCAGCAAGAAGGACUGUAUACUCAAACAUGAGUGCAGAUGUUACCUUUUUCUAAUUGUGAUAGAUGUUUCCCUACCAAGACAUUUUUCCUCAUGUGUGUCUGAAGUGUGUGUGUAUUGUGCCUAUGGUAUCAGGGGGAAAGAGUCAAAUUGUUUUUUUUAUCUAAAGUCCGUUCUUAAUAUCUAUAUUUUUCUUUUUGUACAUGGGUUAGUUUUCUUCUGGUCAAUUAAUCCUUUGUCAUAUAGCUUAGUUGUUUCAGGCCCUCAGAUAAGCCGGAAGUAACAGUUUUUCAUUCUAAAUUUAUUAUGAACAUUUGAAAGUGUCAAGUGUGUUUUAAAAUUUUUCUUUUUGUAUGUGAAGCACCGUGUAAAUCGUUGGUAGUACCAGUGUCAACCAAUGCAAGGAACUGAGAGAGUCCCCCACACUACUUUGUUCCCAGCCAAUCGAAACCUAUUUUGAUUAGUAGAAAAAGGACGAAUAAAAUUGCUUAGUAAAGUAAAAACGAGGUUCAGUGCGUCAUUGGUUCAGAAUUUAUGUUUACUGUUGUUUGUGACUGUGAAGUUUAGCAAAUCAGUCUGUUUGAACGUUCUGAUCCUUCUGUGGAGUAUUACUUGAGUCUUGCGUGGCUGAAUGUAGUGAUCUCUGCUGUAUGUACCUGCCUGUACUAGGGUCAAUGAAAAGGGAGUUGUGGGUAGGCCUAGGGCCAGGGCCCAUGCACCACAUGUGCCAGUGUUGGGCCAGUAGCAUUGUAACAGCCACGAGCACCUGCAUUUGGGCCCUCAGCGUCGCUAGGGUGGAAGAUUGCAGAUGACUGUCAGACAGGACGUCUUCAGCCCCAGCACAGUGGACCAGGCAGCAUUGUGAGGCAGAAGGGAGAAGGCAGCAUCGAGCACAACGCCCAUGGAGGAAGCUUGCAGUGUCGUGCCCUGGUAGUGAGCAUCUAUCUCGCGUUCAAGGCUAGCUAAACCCUCCAGCAGCUGGUGCUAGCGAAGAAAGACUAGUUCCUGGACACAUUGGAGAUCCUGUUGAGUCAGUGAUACUGCAGUUUUUAUCCACACAAGUCCUAGAUUUCAGACAUUUAAAACAAGAAAAGGGAGUGAGUAUUUCACAAAAGCUGACUUGAGACGGUGGAGCAGGUAAGAGUAACCACUUUGCUUGAUUUACAGAUGUGGAAAGAGGAUUUCUCUUCUUGCUGAUAACAUGGAAGGUUCUGGAUGGGUAAGACAUUUUCCAAAUACUAUCCAAGGCUGCUCAUAUUGCAAUCUUAAGUGUACAUGGUUAUAAUACAAGGUGAAAAGGUCUUUUAAGGUUCACCGGGCAGGAUGGCAAUACUGGAACGUAAAGCUCCACUUUGACCAGCUGCAGCCUGUGACCUUCAGCACACUGGUUGGUAUACCAUGAAUGCAAAACAUGCAAAUCUGUGUUUCUGAUUAUCUUUACCGUCAACCAGCAAGUUAUGGGAAAAAGACAAAACAACUGAUGAUGAAACGCGUGAUGAGCAAGGGAAUGAAAACAGGAUGUAUCGUACAGUAAUAGUUUCCAUUCCCACAUAAUGACAAUUAAUUUAAUAAUAUUCUGUAUAGAAGUUAGUGGUGGAAAAAGGUAUUACUGGUUUCAAAGCACAAAUCCAAGUUGUCAGACAUCCUCUUAUCUUUUCCAAUCAACCAUCCAAAACACAACUUUAUAGCUUUGAGUGAGGAAAGCAGCAAAGCUCGAUAAUGAAAUGCAAACUGUAAAAAACUUAAUUUUCUUGCAGUAGUUGGCAGAAGAAUGCAAACAGUCAAAAACAACUAACGUGGUUAUAGUUAGUAUAGUUUUUCAAAAUGUAGUAAAGGUCACUGAUGUUGAAAACGCAACAGCUUAAAUUACUCCAGAAUGUGGAACUGGUGACCUUGAGCGUAUUUAAGGAUUGAGCAAUUACUCUGAAUCACCAGCAACUUUUCAUAGAAAGUAUAUUUAUAGUCGGAUUUGUGAAGACGCACUGUAAAAUGUCUUGAAUAAUUUUAAUAAAUGUUUUUUCAGCGGAUCUGCCUCAACCAUAGGUAAUUGGAACGUACGCUCAGAGUUUCAGGUCUGGUCAUGUACGCUCAGCCUCACAAAAUCCACAAAUGUGGUGCGAUCAGUUGCACAAUCGUGUGGCUGUAGACUAAUAUUCUCUUUUUAUACAGAACUGAUGAUUAAAAGCUGUGGUAAUGAACUGUUGAUAUAAAUGUGCAUUUACCAAAUGUUACCCAAUGCUCUUAAAUAAAUGUUUUCUCUAGA